AUGGAUCACUCGAUGCAUAUGGAUCAUGGUAUGCCAGGUAUGGAUCACGGCCAUGGCGAUAUGGAUAUGGGUGGCCAGUGCAACAUGAACAUGGUCUUCACAUGGUCUUCCGAGAACCUUUGCAUCAUCUUCCGCUGGUGGCGCAUCACAGGCCCGAUCUCCUUCCUUCUUUCGCUCGUCCUUAUCGUCCUCCUCACAGCGGGUUACGAAGGGGUACGCCAAAUUACUCGCAAAUAUGAGAUUGCACAUGCACGACGCUUAAAUGCCUUUACGGCAGUGUCGUCCACAGGAGAUGGUGGUAUCACCAACCCAUCCCUCGCCAACGUCGUCUCCGAGAAUGCGGGUCUUCCUAUCAAUAACGACGAACGCUCACCACUGCUUGUAGGAAGGGAUAAUAGGGCUGCCGUCGUGCGCCAGGGGAAGUUAACUAUGGCUGCGUUGUAUGCCAUUCAGGUUUUCUAUAGCUUCUUCAUCAUGCUUCUUUUCAUGACAUACAAUGGCGCAGUUAUGAUUGCUGUUGCUGUCGGUGCCUUUGUAGGAUAUCUCGCUUUCGCUGAAGGUACCCCUGCUGCCAAGUCGGUUGCUUGUCACUAA